CUCCGUCAAGGGUGUCGAUUCCGAAGCUGAAACACUGGAGAAGGGAAAACGAUACUGUAUUCCUAUAUAUAUAAACAGAAAAAAAGAAAGAAAGAAACGGAUGUGUUUCAGAAAACGAAACGGCUACCGCCCACCAGACCAUUUUAAUGCCAAAAUUGAGAGGUCCGCAGCCUGCGGGGGGAUGACAUGCAUGUGUCCAGGCUUUUAACAACGUUGAGGAUUGUAAGACUAGUUGGCUGUCGUCCGCCAAGCCAUGAUGGACAUUCUGUACACAGGCCCUGUCCCAGCAGAGCGCGAGUCUCCGAUGACACGGAGCGAGAUGUCCCCGAGCCGCGCGCAACACUCGCCCCCCACACAGAGACCCAAUGCCUGCUGCUUCUGCUGGUGCUGCUGCUGUAGCUGCUCUUGUCUCACUAUUAGGAGAGAAGAUGAGAGUCGCCAGAGAUUGAAAGCCCAGGAGACUAAGCUGGAGACCAUACCAAACUGUGAAGCUUGCACCAAACCAACGGUGGAGGAGAUGAAACAGUGGGCUCAGUCCUUCGAUAAGCUGAUGAAGAACCCGGCAGGCCGGAACGUGUUUCGCGAGUUUCUACGCACAGAGUACAGUGAGGAGAAUAUGCUCUUCUGGCUGGCCUGCGAGGAUCUGAAGAAGGAAAUCAGCAAGAACAUGAUAGAGGAGAAGGCACGCAUGAUCUACGAAGACUACAUCUCUAUUCUUUCACCUAAAGAGGUGAGUUUGGACUCGCGGGUGCGGGAGGUUAUCAACAGGAAGAUGCAAGACCCAACGCCGCACACGUUUGAGGACGCACAGUUGCAGAUCUACACCCUCAUGCACAGAGACUCGUACCCACGCUUCCUCAACUCACCCAUAUAUAAGUCACUGGUGCAGGGGGGCUCACGCUCCUCCUCUGAAUCUUAGACCCACGUCUAUCCAUUUUUCUCUCUCUCUCUCUCUCUCUCUCUCUCUACACAUUCAUCCUUCCAUCACACAACCACUAAAGGAGAAAGUACAUGUUGGCUUCUUGUCAUGGUUGGAUUAUGCCUCUUUUCCCCCAGUGUUUUGCUUUGCCUUCACCUCUCGUCUGUUGUCUUGUCUUGGAGGACAGGCCAUCCCUCAAGAAUAUUCUGCACAGACUGAAACUGGAAGACACAGGGUUGAAGAAGUAGUCAUAGUCAUUCCACUGCUUGUGAUGACGGAAACAACUACUGAUCCACGCGAGUCUCUUUGUCCUUUGCUCAUUUUUUCCAUAGGUAUGUGUACAAACACAGUUUAAAACUUGUUUUAUCUUUUUACCUGAUGUCAUGAGUUGACAAAAGACGAGAGAGCUUCUGCAAUAAGACACACUGGAGUCGACUUUCUCCAUUCCGCAUACGACCGGUUUGCCUAUUAUCUAUGACCUUUGACCUGUCCACUGUCUCCCUUCUCAGAGAUCAGCUCUUGAGACAUGGGGUUGGGUAGUGGUGGAUGGUUACGUUUGGUACCGGAGGGGUUGAAAGUUUCCCAGUUGCAAAAAAAAAGAAAAGAGAAAAGAAAAUAAUAUUUAGAAUGUUAACAAGUUUUAACAAAUACUAUUGAAAACAACAGGAAAUGGAAAAUAGAAAAAAGUGAGUGGUGAGAAAAUGCUUAAGUCUUAAUUAGACUGGUCACUCAAAAUGCAUUUUAAAUUUAGUAUUGUUAAUGUUAUUUAUUUUCUAUUUUGUCAACUUUUGUUCUUGUACAGUCAAUUUUAAAUCCGGUACGGAUGACGCAAACCGAGUGAGUGCUUCAUAUUGCACUGUGCGUGUGUGCGUGCGUGUGUGUGUGUGUGUGUGUGUGUGUGUGUAAGCAAACCCCGGCCUCUCUGGCACAUCCUUAUUUACAGGAUGAAAAGCUUGAUGGGUCACAUGACACUUUCCUUGGCAAAAAUUAUGAAAAAUCAGAGAUGCUGCUUUCUGGGUUUCUCUUCUGGAUAAAUUCCAGUGUUUCUUUAGUAAUUUUUCAGUAUUGUAAUAUUUUGGCAAAUAAACUCCUUAAUUCAGAUGAAUUUAUAAGUAUUGUUUAUAGAUGCAAAGCACCUCAAAACCUCAUAUGUGUAUGUUUUUUAAUCACAUAUCAAGCGAAACCAGUGUUAGUGUUGCUAUUACCUUAUAAUAUAAUCUGGACACUGUUCUUAGUAGUUUAAAUUUGUCUGGUUGAACAGUUGCACUGUGAUUUACCUCACUUGUGUGUCUUCCUAUUCAUGUUGUCAUUUAUUAAUCAUAAGAGGCAACCUAUAAGGCUUUACCUAACAAACACUUCCAUUAGAAUAAAACCAGAACAACCCCAGCUCCCUUCAAUUAUUGGACCCAAAUCAGGCUAUAGAGAUGAACUCUGGUAAAACACCAAGCAGUUUAUAGAAAAGUGGUGCUUCACAUCUAUGACAUUGUGUGUCCUUGUUGACAUUUCUACAGUUUGUGAACAGUCACUUAGCAUGAUGAAUGGAACUCUACCUGAGCAUCUUGGCCUUGGCUUGUGUACUGUGCGGGACUUACAUUCAUUGUGCCACACAAAUAGAUUUAUUGAAUUCAUCUGAUUUUAGGACUAUUUCACUGCCAAAAGUCUGAUCUGGGCUUCAGCGCACAGAGGCUUGGGAUAGGACAUCCUAAUAUUGGAUGGUCACAGAGAUCUGCAAGCAAACACACACUUGGGCCCUGUCCACAUGUAUAUGGAUAUUUCUGAAAACAAUUCACAUAAAAACUGUAUUUUGGGUCAUUGAAAAAGGAGGUUUUGAAACCAUACUCCAAGGUGGAGAAAUUUUAGAACUUAGUUUUUACUGUUUUAGUGUAGACAUGAAAAACUUUGUUUUUGAAAAACACUGAUGUCACAGUAUGAAUCUGAGCUUGCCCAUUGUAGUUUGCAUGUGUAAUGGAUGCUAGUACUUUGUUUAUCAUGCCUGCUUAUGUGAUAUUUGUUAUUGUGUUUCUAAUUUAAUUUCUCUUUCUAUUAAUCUUACAUCCGCAUACAGAGGUGCCUGAAUCCAUUAAUAGGACUCAAGUGUAACCUUAAGUAGUAGUUCUACAUCAAUGUCCGGCUACACAUAUGAAUUUGACAUUUUUCAUUUUAGAACUUUUGGGAAACCACAACCCUGACCAGCAUAAAAAAGUUCAUGAAGAUGAAUGAAUGACUGAAUUAACCUUUGGUGAUUCUCCACAUUUCACUUUCUCUACCACUCAUUCCACAUGCUUGCAAUGAAAGUACGAAAUACUAUCGCUGCCUUCUCAUGGCCUCUCAAUGUUUUCAAAUCAUUUUUGCAUUUUCAUAUGGACAGUGAUAUACUAUAUGCCCAAAAGUGUGUGGACACCUGACCAUAACAUCCAUAUGUGGGCCUUCCAUAAUAAUGCCCAUGGUUUUGGAAUGAUCAAUAAUCAGGUGUCCACAUACUUUUGGCCGUAUAUGUAUUUUCAGAAAUGCUGUUUGUGUCGAUGCGAUUUUGUGUUUUGUUUGUGUCUUUUGAAAGGGGUAAAAACCACGUUUUCUAAAAUAUCUGUAAAUUUGUGGAUGGGGCCUUAUAGAGACAAACAGCUUUAACCAUUAUUGUUUAUUGUGCUGAUAGUGAUGGUACUGUAUAUUUCGAUGAAAAUCAUAUUUCUUCUGGGAAUUACAAGCUGCAGCCUAUUAUUGUAAUGCUGAGUGGAUGGGUUGAGCUGAGCGGAUGCAUAUUACAACUUCUCCCCCAAUAACUCACUUAAUCCAUAGAGCAGUUGGUCUAUUAGUAGUACGUCAAGACUACUGGAGUUGUGAAGACUUUUGUAAACACCUUACUUGCUCAUAGAACUACAUGAGCCCUUCAUGACAGCUGACAACCCUUUAUAUAGCAUUAUUCCAGCAGUCAUCAGCUGACAUAAAGGCACUUGCAGGUUUACAUAACACAAUUACAUAAUGUGACUGAUACACCAGAUAUACACUGAGCUACAUCAUUUAGUGUGAUAUUCUAUUGUAAGUAAGUCUGGAAAGUGUCACAACACAGCCUUAUGUUACCAAAACUGUUACUUGAUUCAGGUGUUAUAACAGCUUGACUUCAAAUAAAUAGAAAAAGCUGUCUUUACGGCAGUUGAUGCCUGUUGGAAAAAUCAAUUAAAUUAAUGUAGGGUUAAAUAAGUUGUGAUGAAAGGCUUAUGCAGGUGCCAUGUAGCACUAUGUAUACCUAGUAAAGUGUUCACAUUUUCCUACUUUCUCAAGGAGCUUCAAUUUCAGUUUAUCAUCAAAAACCUCAUUAGAAAAUGGCUUAAAGUCUGUAAAACACUUCCAGUAUCUUUGACAUGCCAUUGCUAAAAAAACUUAGUGACUGAAAACCUUCAUAGACAUAAAUCCAAUACAGAAUUAACUUCAUUAUACUACUGUAAAAGUGUAGAAAAAGUAAUCACUGUAUAUUAUGUUGAUUUUUAGUUAUUGUUCAGCGACUUUUUAUUCUACUUUAAAAUUCCCAGGAAUUAUCCAAUAUGGCAAAAAUAGUUAUAGUCAAUGUAAAACUGCUACAAGAUUCACUCACUCACUUUCAGUAAGCACUUCUCCUAUUUGGGGUCGCUGCAGAUCCAGAGCUUAUCCCGGGAACACUGGGAAUACACCCUGGAUGGGUCCAUCCAUCACAAUGGUACCAGACUGCAACCAGUAAAAUGUUCAAUGUGAACAUUUACUAAACUGUCUCUAUGUAAAUUCUAGGCAAGUCCUUAUUUUAGAUUCAUUAGCUGCUCACCCACACACACACACAAUGGUAUUUGUUAUAGCUCAAUCACAGCACAAAUUGCCAUUAUAUUCAAUACAGUUAAGGCAGUGAAAUGGUACCAUAUGCAUCAACAGUUCCAGGUUUCCCCCAAAAAUGGGAAUUUAUUUUAAUUGGCACAAUGCCACGUAAAAUGUCACUUUAUGACCAGCAAGCUUUCUAGGAUUCCUUUUGCUGUAGGUUAUAGCCUUCUGCAUAUGCCCAAAUGGUACUUGGUAUGAACUCCAUUUUGUAAUUUCUAUUAAGAAUGGAGUUGUGUAGAAGACCUGAAAUCAAUGCUGGUACUACCACUGUGAGCUUGUUUACCUCCCAUGCCAUCUUUGUCUGUACAUUUCAAAAUGUGAAUAUGAAAGACAACCACUGUUCUGUGUGCAUGUGUGUUUGUCCUCAGUAUGAGUGAAAAAUUGGGCAAAUACAAUAGGCAGUGUUAUGAACUCAUUUAUUAUGGCACUGAUCUAAAUACUGUUUUUGUUCCAUUAGCUGUAUUUGUGUAAAGCCAUUUCUACCUGACUGAUAUAGACAUGCCUUUCCCCUGAAAUCCCCAAUCUGGAGGAGGUUUUGGGUCGUGUUUCAAUAUUGUUUGUAGCAGUGUGCUCAUUUAAGAAUCCUUGUCACUGUCGUAAGGGCCUUUCCAGUAUCUAAUUAGCUUAUUAGCUCAGGUGAAUUCUUUUUGGGUAAGCAGUGGGAUGGCUGGGGUAUCGACUGAGUAUGUAACUGAGAAGCAAACCUUCUAGGCAUUGCAACCUGGGGUAAUUUUGUUUUCAGAUUCAGUGGGGCUAUUUAUAAAUGUAUACCGAAGCAAUAAAAUAUUCAAUAAUUUAUACUGGGGUGUUAUAUAGCCUACUACUCCCUGAACAAUUACGGAACUAACAGAAGUGGAAAAGUUUCAUUCCUUACUCAAGUAAAAGUGCAAAUCUAAAUAAAUACUCUGGUAAAAGUUAACAUACAGCUUCAAAUUUUUGUACUCAGGGUAAAGUACUAGAUACAUCCAAAACAUAGCUAAAAACAGGUAAAUAUUUGGAGCGAUAGGAUAUUAGGUCACUUCCUUUUUUCUUUUUAAGAUUUGAAGGAUGGCUUUUUAAUCAUAAGAAGCUCAUGAUUUUCCCCUCCAUUUUGGUGUCACAUCACUAGCAUGAAUGGGUACAAACAUCACAUGUAAAAUGUAGAAAUGUACAUAUAACUGUAUUAAGGGAUCAUCCACCCGCCUUGCCACAUCCAUUAGAAUGUAGAAUUUUAAUCAAUUACUUGCAUAAAAAGUUACUUCGUUCCAAUAAAUAUUGUAGAUAUUAUAGAAUAACCAAUUUGUUUUAAAAUGUACUUUACUUCCCACCAUUGCUAAUAACUUUAUUUGUUAGCUUGUUUGUAAGCUGCUCAAAACAAAUAAUGAACAAAUCACCAAGGAAACUGAUUCAACUAUAUGCUUGCUGUGUGUUGUGAUUGAUAAAUCUUCCUCCAUUAAAAUACACACACUUUUUUUCAGCCCCUUUAAAUGUAAAAUAAAUUCCACAGAACUAUUCUACAUAAUCCAACUAGGUAAAUAUUAGGUUAAAUAUUUAAUUAUGUACAAUUUAGUUUGCCUAUUUAUGGGAGCCAUAGAGCAUUUAUGUGUGACUUCUUCAUCAUCCACGUUGACUUAUUUAAAAGGUGUACGUUUUUUGAGUUGUUGAGUUUUGGAUUAAACCCAUUCAGUUCAAGUGACCAGUCAUGAUAUAUUUGAUCAUGGAACCCCUGGAGGUCACUGAUGUAGACUUCCACAUGCUCUGUGAGAGGGAUGACAAGGGUAUGCCAAACAUAAUUGAAAACACACCUUUCUCCUGAAUAGUUAGAGAAAAUGCAUUCCAGUGCUUUGGUUCCAAACUGAAAUGAUCUCUCCCUGAUUUCAUAUUAUAAUGUUGCAAGGCAUUUACAGUCCACCAGUCCUCAUCAGAGAGGUGUGUUUGGUUUAUGUAUACAAAAGAAAUCAAAUUACAGCCACCAGUGCUGUUUUCAUUUGGUCAUGGCCCUCUCGGCACACCUUUUAGCCUUUCAUUAUAACAUUAUACUUAUUAUUUUUUUUAAAUAUGUAAAUAUCUAUUUAGCAUAGAAUAUAAGGAUUUUUAUAUGAUGAAAAUGUCAGAGACUUUAACGAUAGAAUGAAACAUUCUAUUUAGAAUUAUUAGUUUUAGAUUUAUCAGCUUAUUUGUCAAACAGGAUUCAUAGUACAAAGUCCUUUUGUUUUAUUUUCUCAAAUGAAAUACCAGUUGUGCAUGACAUGUACAUUUGUGUUCAUUUUAUAUAUAUAUAUAUAUAUAUAUAUAUAUAUAUAUAUAUAUAUAUAUAUAUAUAUAUAUAUAUAUAUAUAUAUAUAUAAAUAAAAAAAUAUAUAUAUAAAAAUAUAUAUAUAUACAUACACAUACACACACACACACACACACACCAUGAGUGUAUAUAUUUAUUUAUAAUGUGUAUGUUUGUGUGUGCGCAAUUUAGUAUUGUUCAUAUUUUCCAAUAAGAUGUGACCAGUCUAAGGUGUGUACGAGGGGUGUGUGCGUGUGAAAUAAUGAGUGUGUAUGAUUUAGUGAACCUGUCUAAGACAGUUCAGAGAAGUUAAGGUACUAGUUGGGCCUUUGGUCAUAUUUUUUUAAUCCUAGAUUUAUACACAGAAGUUUAAAGACAUAUCAACCCUUCUGUAACUACUUCACACACUAGACAACACAGGCCAAACAGACAUUUUUCCACAGUUAGUGUUCAAAAAUGUUUACAUACAUUUCUCUAGGUGCCAAAUUAGCCUAGCCUUCUUACAGUCUAAAACUGAACACAUGAGACUGCAUAUGAACUGUGUUAUGAUGCUCUUAUAAUAAUCCUCUGCAUAACUAAUGUAUGUCCAGCACUCCCCCCAUCAAAAAUCUGUCCCUUCUUUUUCUGUACUACUUUGUUGUGUGAGAAUGCUGUUAUUACUUCUGAGAGUUUUGAAUCCUUGUGGCCCAGCCUCUGUCACACAUACGUUCAUUAAUUUUCUAACUCACAUUUUAUUUGCUUCCUCCUGCCAUCCACAGCAAUGUGCCAUGCAGCAGAGACACAUGUUCUACACUCAUGGACUUCUAUGGACAGUUAUUUAUUGACAUUAGCAUUACAUUUUAUAAAAUAUGUGUAUGGACCAAAAUGCUUUUGUUUUAAGAUUCUCACCAAUCAGAAAGGACUUUACAUCCCCACCAUCAAUGCCAUAUCAUCACAAUUUUUGAAGAUGACUUCAAUAAGAAAUUAUCCUCAUUCAUUCCUUGACUUUGAAAUGGGUUGCAUUUUUUAAAAAUGUUUUUAUUUUUCCUUUUUUUUUUAAAGAAGAUAUGAUUAUAAUGACAAUAAUAAAAGAUGUUUGUGUUAUUAUUCAGUUGUGACUUUUAAAAAAACUUGUCCAACUUAGCUUUACAGUGGAAAUGAUUGUGGGGUGUUAAAUAUUAAGUUGGAAUAAUGAGAUAUUUCAAAAUAACCUAAUGCCCUGAAAUAAUGACUUAUUAACUCGAAAUAAUGAUAACAGCAUGUCAAUAGUGUCACAAUUUGUGGUUGAGGGCUUCUGUUGAUAUGAGCCAAUAGUGCUCCUAAUAUAUUAGCAUUGUAUAUCUUUGCUUUUAUCUGCUAAUACAUUUUAUGUAAUUAA